UCAGUGUUUUCUUCCACCAAUAAAACGUGGCAAAUCCAGGGGUGUGAUUUAGGAGGCUCGCCUGAUACCUCAGUGUAUAAAGCCAGCCGUCGGGAAACUUAAGCCUCAGUAGCUAGUGUUUUCGUAUAAUUCCUUUCAAGGAUUAAUAAAACCUCUACGGACUGCCGUUUCUUGCUCAUUAGAAAGAGGGAAAGUGCCUCCUAGACGGAAGCAAAUGGAUGCAAUUUUGAACUUCAGACCUGAAGACAUGGAAGAUUAUUACAAUUUGCUAGGAUGUGAUGAAUUAUCCACAGUUGAACAAAUCAUUUCCGAGUUUAAAGUCCGAGCACUUGAGUGUCAUCCUGACAAGCAUCUUGGAAACCCAGAAGCUGUGGAGAAAUUUCAGAAGCUUCAGCAUGCCAAGGAGAUUCUGAGCAACGAAGACAGCCGAGCUCGUUACGACUACUGGCGGAGAAGCAAACUUGCGAUCCCAUUCCAGCAAUGGGAGGCACUGAACGGCUCCAUCAAAACGUCCAUGCACUGGGCUGUUAAAGGCAAAAAAGAGCCAAUGCUAGAAGCUCCGGAUUUAAAUCUCAAUCACAAGAAGACAAAUGAGUGUCUCCAGGGGGCGGAAAACAACAAUGGUGGAUUAUUGGAAAACCAGACUGGGCCAGGAGAUUUUGAUCCUUCUGAUGGAAAGCUGCUGUCGCCAAAAAGCCCAGAUAUCCCAGGAUUCUCGGAUCCCAAUGGCUGGCACUUGCGUUUCCGUUGGUCUGGUGACACCCCAUCUGAACUUCUGCGGAAGUUCAGGAACUAUGAAAUAUGAAGCAGAAGACCAAAUAUGUGUGGAAGAACCUUGUAUUCAUGAGAUCAGUAUUUUUUUGGUGUGCGCGUGUGCAUUUGAUUCACGAAGGAUUGCCUGUCAUGUCCGUGUAUUUAUGGACUUUGUUUAAUGAUGUGGCUGUGUAACGUUGCUGUUGCUAUUUCCCAUACAAAAAUCCUGAGUUUUUGAAUGGUGGGUCGGCACUUUAUUAACUAUUAUUAUAAGUAAUAUCUCAGUUGUAGCUAGUCUCUUUCCCCAGAGCUUUCUUAAUGUAUAUGUAACAGUUUCCUACGAUUAUUGAACAGUUGAGGGAAAGCACCUGUGGCCCUUUCCCUCUCAUGUCCUUCCACCAUUAUUUCCUGUGAUGUCUGUCUGUGACUUUCAGUCCUCAAUCUCAAAAACUCUUACCACAUAUACAGUGCAAUCCUUGGCAAAGUUGCUCCAGUACACAGAAGUCAGUGGGCUUAGCUUGGAAUAACUCUGCUUCAGGCUGCACUGACAGAAGUCUUCUGCUCUCUGAAAUGACUCCUCCUACGGUUGCUAGCUCUCUGUGAUACCUACUACCUCUUUUCUUCAACUUCUCUUCAAAACCUACCUUUUCUGGCAAGUUUUGGGCCUAGCCUGUCACCUGUAUGGCCAGCUAAAAUUAAGUCUAAAAGGGUUGGAUCCAACCAGCUUUUCGGGAAGGAGGCAUUUCCUUUUGCCUGUCAAAAAAGGCUGUGCUUGAGCUUAUAGGGACUACACGGACAAAUGUCACUAGGGAUGGAGACUGUAAUCCUUCUGAAUGAAUUGGGUGGGACUGAAUAAAGAAGUUGGCUGGAUCCAACCCUCUGUAAUUUUUGCCUCCCACUUCUCUCUUUUGUUCUGCUUCCUUUCUCCCGUUCUUCUGUUUCUGAAACAUAGAAUGUUAGUUCUCUGAGUCUAGGACCUGUCUUGGGGUGGGGGGCUUUUUGAUACUGUGUUAAGUGCCAUGUACAUGGAUGAUCCUAUAUACAUGAAUAUGUUUCUAAAAGUAUUACUAAUACAAAAUUAUAACCUAUUGCCAAGAGUGCAAGAACACAGAGAUGUAUUCAUCUUCCCAUGAAGAUCAAUAAUAUAAGCAAUGGUGUCUGUUUCUCAAUUAGAAGCUCCAGUCACGGUUUUUUUCAUUGUGUAGUCUUCUGUGGUGUGUGUGUUCUGUUGCUUACCAUUUAUAACUUGUUCGUGCUGUUGAUUUGCUAGUUAUACAGCCUCCUGUUCAGUUUGAGCCACAAGGGAUAGAAUCGAAAGAACUACAUUGCCUUGCUUGAUUUGUCCUAUUUCCUUGCAGUGCUUAACAAUAAAUGCUCUAAGCAGCCAAAAAUGGCGGUUGAAGCACCAGAUUGUCUGAGAAGGGGAAAAGGUGGUAUAAACAGAGGACUUGAAUGGUAUACACUUCAAUCACCACCACUAGUAUUAUCCGUAGUGCUAUAUCAGUAUGUAUCCAUAUAGUAGGUUGUACCAAGCUCUCAAAAAUCCCAGUAAUGACAUGCAGUUCUCUGCAGGAGAGCCGAGGUGUUAUGUGGAGAGCCAUAGUUAAGAGGUGGUUUGCACACAGUUUUCACAACUGCAGGUUUUGGCUGUAAAGGCUCUACAGCUCUGCAUCUGGUGCACAUGAAAUGAAAUUGCAGAUACUUCUCUGCGUUUUAGAAUCUGCAAAGAUUAGACAUUUGCUUGGGCUUUGUUUAAAACUCAUUCCAAAUGAGAUGCAAAAGCUGACCUAGAAAUACUGGCUCACGUAUAAUAGUGAGCCAUCAAGUUGUAACUGACUUAUGAUGACCCCAUAGCAUUUUCAAGGCAAGAGAUGUUCAGCUGUGGCUUGCCAUUGCCUGCCUCUGCUUUGCAACCUCUGCCUUCUUUGGCGGCUCCCAUCCAAGUAUCUGUGGCUGACCCUGCUUAGCUUCCUAGCUCUGACAAGAUUGGGUUAAAUCGGGGUGAUUCAGGCUGUUGAUGGUGGAUUGGAUCCUUUCUAAAUUCUGUACAUGGAAGCACAGCUUCACAGCCUCUUCUCCCCAGCUGUACCUGAAAAUGCUGCUCCUCAGCAUGAAGAGAAAGUUAGAGGGCUACUGCAGGGUGUGUAUGUGUGUGUGGGGUGGUGGUGGUUGGAUCAGGAAAGUUCAUCCCUCAUCUUGCACAUGUGUAUCUUUCCCACGAGAUCUGAACCUUCAGAUUGUUGGCAGUUACCUUGAAAUGCACAGGUUUUAUUUUAAAUUCAUUGAACUGUGUUGUAUGUUAUUAAGAAUGUAUUGGUCAUAUUUCUAGAUGUAAGUAACACAAGAAGGAGACCUGUGGUCUGGUUUGUUUCUUCAGUUUGAUUUGUUGACUUUUAUUUUAAAUAAAGUAAAUUAUUUUGGGGUCAUGCAUAAA